ACAUUUCCUCGGCAGUACACUCUGCUAUACUCAAAGCGACCACACGUAUGACGUACGUACGUGAAAUUUACUCUCGCUAUCCCUAAAGUAAUUUUCGGAAUUUUCUAUUCGCCGAUCGGUCGACAAGUUGCACCGGCAACGGAGAGUAAAAAUUGAGCGCAGUUGAUAUUCGUACAGAAUGUCGAGUUCGCCAGAAAUGGACAACACAGGCCGAGGCAGAGGCAGAGGUAGAGGCGAAAUCCAUCGAGAGCCGAGAUUUCUUCCGGGUCAAGAGAGGCCGCAAGGAGACAACGAUGGUUUGCCGACUUACGAGCAGGAGGAAGGAUACUUGCCGUCUUACGAGGAGGUGAUGGCCCCCCGACAGGCCCCCCGACAGGCUCCCCGACAGGCAUCCGAGUCUCCCGACCGAGACUAUGUUGGAUUUCCAAAACCUUGCUACUACACGUUUUUAUACUUAAGUUGGGCUGUGUUCAUAUUUUGUUCGACGUCGCUUUGCAUCAGGUUCCUUCUUGACCUUGAUGAAAAAUAUUACUUACAGGUCGUUUUUCCAUCCGUGAUUGUUUUCUUGAUCAUUCUGGGCCUUUGGGCAUUUUACAAGGACAAAGAAGUGACCGAUUAAUUAGAAAUAAAUGUCUCAAGGGGACGGGAUGGUGUUUCGGGCUGAUGUUUAAAUGAUAUCGUGAUGGUAUUUAAAUAAUUAAAUUAUCAUCUCAAAACUCCACCUUGUCCUCUCAAAUAAAACGUGUAUAUUUUUAGAAUUAAUUAUACGACUAUUGUGAAAAAUUUUA